CGCUCAGCGGGGCUCGUCAACACGGACUCCGGAGGAACCCGGUGCGUCUCCCCCGUCACGGGACGUGUGAGGAAGGGCCGACGCCUCCGCAAACCACCGGGAGUCGAACCGUGUACCGCGCAGGCUGUGUUCCGACUGUGGUCUCACCCGGACAGGAAGGAGGGAUGCCGGUGGAGAGUGGGAACAGCGCCGCCGCCCGCCAGGCCAAGCAGAAGAGGAAGUCCCACAGCCUGUCCAUUCGCAGGACCAACAGCACGGAGCAGGAGCGAUCCGGCCUGCAGAGAGACAUGCUGGAGGGACAGGACUCCAAACUGCCCCUGUCUCUGAGGAGCAAUCUGCUGGACCUGUUCAGCCAGAUCGAGAGGGAGUUUGAAAACCUCUACAUAGAAAACCUGGAGUUACGCAGAGAAAUCGAAACGCUGAACGACCGAUUGGCUCCAGACGGACAGACCUUCGAGGGGGCAGAUUUAGCCAAAGGAGGACUUAAAACAAAAGCGAGUCACAGCACCAGUCAGCUGUCACAGAAACUGAAGACGACCUACAAGGCUUCCACCAGCAAACCCAGCCAGGGGGUCGACUCUCCCUCCCCAAGAGACCUGGUCAUUCAAAUCUGGAACUUAUUUAGCGGCCUCUGUCCGAAACGAACCAAGAGUCCAGUUUGUAUCAUCCCUAUCUUCAAUAUUGUGUCCAGUUUCAAAGCGACCACGUCCAGAGCGGUGUGCCAGCUGGUCAGGGAGUACGUCGGCCACAGGGAUGGCAUCUGGGACCUCAGCGUCACCAGGACACAGCCGGUGGUGCUGGGAACAGCAUCUGCAGACCACAGUGCGAUGCUGUGGAGCAUUGAGACUGGGAAGUGCCUCCUCAAAUAUAUGGGCCAUCAAGGAUCAGUCAACUCCAUCAAGUUCCACCCCACUGAACAGAUGGCUCUAACGGCCUCCGGAGACCAGACCGCUCACAUCUGGAGGUACAUGGUUCAGCUGCCGACUCCACAGCCUGUAGCUGAUAUGAGCCAGCAGACACCCUGUGAGGACGACGUGGACUUUUCGGAUAAAGAUGAGGCCGACGGCGAAGUCGAGGGUCCAAAUGAUUGUCCCUCCGUCCGCGUGGCGACCACGACUCUGCGGAGCCAUCAGGGCGUGGUGAUCGCUGCUGAUUGGCUGGUGGGGGGCAAACAGGUGGUGACGGCCUCCUGGGAUCGAGCCGCCAACCUGUACGAUGUGGAGACGUCGGAGCUGGUUCACUCACUCACUGGCCACGACCAGGAGCUGACCCACUGCUGCACACACCCCACCCAACGUCUGGUGGUCACCUCGUCCAGAGACACCACCUUCAGACUGUGGGACUUCAGAGAUCCAUCCAUCCACUCUGUCAACGUGUUCCAGGGACACACUGACACGGUGACGUCCGCUGUGUUCACGGUGGGAGACAACGUGGUGUCUGGGAGCGACGAUCGAACCGUCAAAGUCUGGGACCUGAAGAACAUGAGGUCGCCCAUAGCAACCAUCCGCACCGACUCGGCUGUCAACAGGAUCAGCGUGUCGGUGAACCAGAAAAUCAUCGCUCUUCCUCACGACAAUCGGCAGGUCCGACUGUUCGACAUGUCCGGGGUGCGACUGGCUCGCCUCCCGCGGACCAACAGACAGGGUCACCGGCGCAUGGUGUGCUGCUCCGCCUGGUGUGAGGACAACGCCUCCUGCAACCUGUUCAGCUGUGGCUUCGACCGGCAGGCCAUCGGCUGGAACAUCAACAUUCCCGCCCUGCUGCAGGAGAAAUGACCUCCUCCUGUGAGCUCGCACUGACACUCCACCCCAACGUUCGUGGUGUUUGGAGUCAACGGCCUGUAGGCUGAAAAGGCGGCUGUCAAAGGUGUCCCCCUGCUUUUGUCCUGUGAGAACUGAACGUAAUUUGAGCAACGACUCAAUGAAAAUGACUCUUCACAGCCGUCUCUUCAAGCCUACAGAUACUCCAUGCCACCUGGGAGGGAAACGAAGGACUUGCGCUAGCUGCCUACUGCAUCUGUCGCAGUCUGGAAAUCACCACCACUGAUACAACCCGAACGCAACUGUUUGUUUUCUGUGUGGAGGCGAUUCCGCCACGUAAAAAAAACUGAAACAAAACCCAAACUGAUGGAAAAAGCACAGAGUUAUAACACGAGAGGUGAAAGUCAGUCGGGUAAGUGAGGCGCUGCACAUCAUCUGCUUGAUGCUCAUUUAACCUGUGAGACAACAAAUCUUCAAGUUUGGCAGAAAAAAAUCCACUAGUUUAAUUAGUUAUGGCGUCGUUUAUUUGUGGAGUUAAUAUUCGAUUAACUUGUUGAUUUGAACUUUUCCUUCCAAGUUUGAUUCCAAAAUGUUCUGUGUGGCCCCUGAGAUUCACAGCGUAACAUCUAUAAUCCACAUUAUACUAAAACAAGCUUUUCAAUGUGUUGUUGUUUUUGGUCAGGUGACAGUUUGUUGUGGUCCUGCUCAGUGUGCAGACGUCUCUGAGCGAGUAAUGCACCUUUUAAAAACUACCAGUAGCUGUUACAGUUUUUCUUGUUGUUCUUUUAGAAAAGAUAACUGCAGCUUAUGAACCAGGAAGAGGGGAGAGUUACACGUUUCUCCUUUUAAAGUGAAAUUUGUCUGGUUCUUCUUCUGUGGUGACUUGAAAAAAAGAUUGAACAAGAUGUUUAUUAGGUAAUUUAGACUGUAAUUAAAGAUGGACGACCCGUCUCCACUUCCUCCCGUUGAACAAAAAUAUAACCAAAAUAUCAGGGUGCCGCCAUCUUGUGCUCUUUGACGUCAUUUGGAGUCUGUGCGGGAUGGAGCUUCGGUCACAGGCUCGACCAAUCAUGACGUCUCAGCACGUUUAUACCAUCAGAUAACUCGUGGUGAAAAGUGAUCAUCGGUCCAGACUCCUGUUGAAGGAGGAGAAAGUACCAGUGACGCUCUUUAAUGUGGAGGACGGUCGAUUUGCUUUGGACAUGUUGCACAGAAAAAAUUCUAAAUUAACUUAAAAGGCUUGAUUCUAAAUAUGUCAUAUUUGGUGUCCAGUAUAAAACAUUACGAUAAAACCCUGUGAUGCCCGGCCUGGCUGUUGUAUCAACACUUAACACGAUUGUUAAAAAGAUAAUAGCAAGGUUUUUAUUUGUAAUUCAUGGCAAAGCCCUUUAGUCGUUAGUGUUGAAACACUGUUGUGGGGAUUCUGUCAGUGUCAUGUUUGUUGUGGUACGUUAAAAACAAGUCUCUGGACGAGUGUCGUGAUGCGUUCGCUGUCACCUGCUUUGCUUCCUCACUGCCAUAAAAACACUGAACACGUGUUCAAGUGAAUGGGAGAAGCUGAGAUGAUGUGUGUGUGUGUGUGUCUGGUGUUCCAAGUCGAUGUUUAAAAACGUGUUUUACUCCGUAGCGAGCAGUUAGAAUCCGAGCUGCAGCCUAGCCGUGGUGCGGCUGUAGUUCUCCUCACAUGUACGUGGCGUGUGGUUCAGCUCAUUCGUUGCCGCGGUAACACGAACAAGCACAGUUCAUGUCACAGUGAUCACGUCUUUCUCAUUUUAGAUUUGUGGCGCUCGUCUUGCUGGUUUGUAUCGAAGCUGUGUGUUCAAACAGGAAGGAGCCCGACAGAUACCGGUUUUGGGCCGAUUCCGAUAUUGGGAAGUAAAAACUUCUUUCGAUAUAUAUUCGCCGAUAAAAUAAACAAAAAAUAAGACAAAAUAUAAACAUGAAUAAACAUCUGUUAUGCUUCAUUUCUGAUAUGAUAUAGAUCUCAUUUCAGACAACUACAUCAUCUUUGGAGAAGUAGUCCCUGACCUUACUUCCUGUUUGGGGUCGAAAAAUAGUUUCUGCUGCAAUUAGAGGUAAUACUUUGAAAUGAAUAUUCGCUGAUACUCGCCGAUAUGACUCUAAUAUCUGCAAACCGAUAAAUCAGUCGGGCUCUGGACGUGACAGACGUUUCUCUCCUCGGAGGGUAACAACCACCUUUUAUUUUCAGUGUUCAUAUGAAAACAAUAAGCGAGCCCAUUGAAAUGUAUUUCGAGCAAUAGAAAAGUCUCAGUAACGAUUUCAGUGUAAUAACACAGCGCUCGUCAAAAAGGCGAAUGUAGUAAGUGUUAUUCUCGCUUACUAAGCUGUAACAGUGUGUGGCUGCACUGUGUGUUACAGCUGCAGCUCUUUAGUCAGCCUUUAUAUGACGUGAUGCUACAUUUCAUAUUUCUGGUUUUUGAAACGUUUAGUUUGUGUGAAGAACAUUAAAAUCUGUGUGAAUGUGUGUUUGUGUUCGAUCUUUACUUUUUACCAACACUGAGCCACUUUCAUAGUUCACCAGUUCCACGUGAAUGUUCGGUCACGGUGAAAACACACGAGCACCAAGCGUCAGUCGUCUCUCAUCAGUCGUCUCUCAUCAGACGUCUCUCAUCCGCCGUCUCUCAUCAGACGUCUCUCAUCCGCCGUCUGGACAAACGCUGGCUCCUCGGUGUUACGUGUUCUGUGUGAUGACAGGUUGAUGUAGAACCGACGCCCACAGAUCAGUUCUCAGAAGAAAAUAAAAGACGAAACUGUGGAUUGUAACUGUUUUCCGAGGAACAGGCGUCUGCUUGUGAAAUCAAAUAAACCAUUGGUAGUGUUGGGA